UAUGGCCCCCUCCUGCUGCGUGUGAGAGAAGGGACAGCUGACAAAGGAAAGAAACCUGUCAAAAAGAACGUCACCUAUUCAUAUCUCAACGCACCUUCGCCCAGAUAACACUGCACUGAUGUGACAUCCUUAGCAAGUGAAAAAUGCCUGCCAAAUGAUGUAGUGUGCCAGAGAGAGGAACUGACAGAAGAAGGCCAUCAUUGUUGCAGACCAUCUGUUCAGAUCAACCCUCCUCCCUCCCUGCGAGCCUCCACCGCGCAGUCAUGCAGAUCAAUCCAGUGUUUGUGGAGUCCUCUGUAGUUCUGGCUGUGGUGCUUUGUGUCCACAUGGUGGUGUGGAACCAGCACUCCUGGUGCAGCAUAGCCCUCUUCAUCCAGGCCUUCUACGUACAGCACAAAUGGGACCGCCUGCUCAGGUCGGGGGGCGCCGUUUUCCAGUUCCGUCCUGCAGCUAACAGCGGCAUUGUCCCGGCCUCCAUGGUGAUGCCUUUGCUGGGCCUGGCGCUGAGAGAAAAGUGCUCCGCCUCAGGGAAUGUAUACUUUGAGCGCUUCUCCAUGGUGAUCACCAUCACAGGCAUGAUGCUGGCUCUGUUUCUGUCCCUGAUUGCGCUGGGCAUCACGAGACCCGUACCCACCAACACGUGUGUGAUCGCGGGCAUGGCCGGCAGUGCGAUUCUCUACACGACCAAACAGACGCUGACCGUGUCCGAGGUCAUCGAGGUCUUGGAGGUGCUGUUGAUCUUCGUUUAUCUCAGCCUGAUUGUGCUUUACCUGCUGCCACGCUGCUUCACACCCGGAGAGGCACUCCUCAUCGUCGGCGGAAUCAGUUUCAUCGUCAACCAGCUCAUCAAGCGUUCCCUGAACCUGGCAGAGGUCAAAGGUGAUCCUGUGAACUAUUUCCUGCCAGUCAUUGUUGUGGGCUCACUGUUGCUGGGUGUUUUCUUCACCCUGCUUUUCUGCUUCAUGGAGUCCGAAACCUGGGUGUCAUCGCUUUUCUUUCACAUGAUGACAGCUGUUCUGGCCCUGGGAAUCCUCAUGCCGUGGCUCUCCCUGUUCAUUGGCCGACACCCCAUCAUGUGGCUGCUGGACUUUGUCACAUUAAAUGACAGAAGACUCUGUCUGCUGGGAUACUGGGUGUUUCUGGCUGUGGUGGCCACUUGUGUUGUGUUACACCAGAACUACCAGCGCCUCUCAGGGUCUAAGAAGCACCAGGCCUCCACUGUUGUCAGGAAGUACUUCCAUCUGAUUGUAGUGGCCACAUAUGUUCCAGGACUGAUAUAUGACAGGCAGCUGCUCCACGUGGCGUCUGUGGGAUGCUUGGCGGUUUUCUUGUUCCUGGAGUACGUGCGUUACUUCCGGAUCAGGCCGCUGGGUCAGCUGCUCAGGCAGGUGCUCACCUUGUUCCUGGAUGAGCGGGACUCUGGGCCUCUUAUCUUAACCCACGUCUACCUGCUGCUGGGAAUGUCUCUGCCCAUAUGGUUGUUCCCUGGGCCAUGCGCCCCCAAGGGGAUACUCCCUGGUGCUGGCGGCUUGGUACCAUAUGCAGGUGUGUUGGCUGUGGGGGUCGGAGACACUGUGGCGUCUGUGUUUGGCAGCACCAUGGGGGAGAUACGCUGGCCCGGCACAAAGAAAACCAUGGAAGGGACAGCAACAUCGGUGUUUGCCCAGAUCAUCGCCGUGGCCAUGUUUCUCAUCUUUGAUGGGAGCAUCAAUCUGAACUCCACCUACUCCUGGAUUGUGGGCUCCAUCACUCUGGUGGCCAUGCUGGAAGCCUACACCUCCCAAAUAGACAACCUCCUACUCCCACUCUACCUCUUCAUCCUGCUGUUGCUUUGAUUGGACAGAUGGCACAAACAAAAACAGAUCCAUCCCGCUGUCCUUAGCUCUUUCUGGGGGAGAGAAACUACAGUGAAUUUGUAAAAAAUAUGACAGUAGUAGUAAUAAAAGUCCCUGUAGUGGAAGUAAUUUUCACUAGCACAAGAAAGUAAUAGUUAAAAGCUUACAGCUUAAUCAAGCCGGGUAAUUGUUAUGGCGGCAGACAUGAUGUUAGCAUGACAUAAGAGUCUGUCGCCUUCAGAUCACAAGUCAUUUCAGUAUUAGUUGCUUUGAGGAAUGAGACGAUCACUUGCGAAAGAGUUGUAAAAUUAUUCCUUGUCUGCAGUGACAGUGGUGGUGUUCGGUUUCUUCUGCUGACCACGAGGUACUCGACCUCUGACACUAACAGCUCCUGAAUUAUGCAACAGGAGAUAGUCUAGCAAAGUGGGAAAAUGUCCUUUACACAAAAGAGUUCUGGACAGUACAGACGCUGCUAAAUGGCACAUAUUGAUCAUCAAGGAGGUUUUCCUGUCUCGUUCCAAACGGAUACAUGCCUUUGUAUUGCCUUUGAAGAACAUUAUUUAAAGUUAGCUUAUUGAUAUGUCUUUUUCUUAAUCAGUGUUUUGUUAUUAGAUUAUUUUGCCUCCCCGAUGGCAAUAUGAAGUACUUACUGCUGAAAAUAUUUGCCUUAAGAAGUAUAUUUUCUAUCACUCAUUAUCUAUUGUAGACACUGUAGAUAAAAGCAUGGCAGCCCCUCUCAACUCUUCUUCAUAAGGGCUGAUUUAUACUUCAGUAUGGCAAAAACUCACUAUGCUCCUGCAUGACACUAAUGUGAAAUUCAGUACUGUAACAUGUACACAGGUAUCCUACACUAUUUUCUUUUGGUAAAUUGACUUAAUAUUUUUAAGGUUUGAUGGGACCCCUUAAAAGUAAACUUAACGUAUACAUCUCCUUGUGAUACUGAGCCUACAAACCCUGCAAAUGUAUGGAGUCUGUAGAUAAGCUUUGGGCCAAAACGAUGAAUGUAGGCCCUUUAUUUUGAGCCUUUGAACUUUUUUUU